UCAAAUCCACUGGGAACAAGUGAGUAUUAAUUAACUUCCCUGUUUAUAAAACUAUAAUUUGUUAAAAAAAAAACAAAUUCCGGCUUCCAGCAUAGCCUACGGUAGUCGAUGCUUUCCCUGCAAUGCCACCACUCCUCAAACGCUUCCUCCACCAUCCACCUCUACCACCACCACCACCAACCUACUCUCUCCCCUUCUCCACCACCACGUCUCCACCACCCAACCAUCACUCCCCUCUAACCACUGCUAUCAUUUCCCUCCUCACUCACCACCGUUCCAAAUCCCGCUGGUCCCACCUCCGCUCUCUCCUUACUACCACCACCAGCACCCCCCUCGCCCCUGGUCAUUUUUCCCUAAUCACCCUCAAAUUAAAAUCAAAUCCCCAUCUUGCCCUCAGCUUCUUUCACUUCACCCUCCACAACUCCUCUCUUUGCUCUCACAAUCUCCGCUCCUAUGCCACCAUCAUUCAUAUCCUCUCCCGGGCCCGCCUGAAGGCCCAUGCCCAGGAAAUUAUUCGGGCCGGACUCCGGUCGCAGAUUUUGUUUAAUAAUGAUGAGGAUGCCUUUGCUGAGCAGACAGGACUGAGCAGGGUGGAACAGGAUUGUGAAGGACACAGGGGCCCCAGGUACCACCUGCUAAAAGAAGUGAGAUUUUUUGAAGUUUUAGUGAAAAGUUAUAGAGAGUGUGAUUCAGCUCCAUUUGUGUUUGAUUUGUUGAUAAAAUCUUGUUUAGAAUUGAAAAAGAUAGAUGGGUCUAUUGAGAUUGUGAAGAUGUUAAGGUCUAAAGGGAUUAGUCCAUCAAUUAGUACUUGUAAUGCUUUGAUUAGUGAGGUUUCAAGGUGUAAAGGGUCGUUUGUUGGUUAUGGGGUUUUUAAGGAGGUUUUUGGAUUGGAAAGUUGUGAACUUGGGGAGAAAAUGAGAAGGGGUUUUAGAGUUAGGCCUAAUGUGCAUAGUUUUAAUGAAUUAAUGGUGGGGUUUUAUAGAAAUGGUGAAGUGGAGAUGGUUGAGGAGAUUUGGAGUGAAAUGGAGAGAUUUGGCUGCGUUGCAAAUGGGUUUAGCUAUGGUGUUUUAAUGGCUGUUUUUUGUGAGGGAGGGAGGUUAAGUGAAGCAGAGAGGUUAUGGGACGAAAUGAGAGUGAAAGGAAUAAUGCCUGAUGUUGUUGCUUAUAAUACUAUCAUUGGUGGGUUUUGUAAGGCUGGAGAGGUUGAGAAAGCUGAGGGUCUUUUUAGGGAAAUGGGAUUGAGUGGAAUCGAGAGUAGUUGUGUUACUUUUGAGCAUCUUAUUGAGGGGUAUUGUAGAAUUGGGGAUGUUAAUUCGGCUAUUCUUGUGUAUAAGGAUAUGCGUAGGAGAGACUUUAGGCUUGAAGCUUUGACAAUGGAGGUGUUGAUUGGAGGGCUUUGUGAGCAGAAAAGAGUUUUUGAAGCUUUGAAGAUUAUGAGGAGUGCAAUGAGAGAUGUUAGUUUUCAUCCGAAUGGGAAGAGUUAUGAAUUAUUGAUUAACGGAUUGUGUGAGGAUGGGAAAAUGGAAGAAGCAUUGAAGCUUCAAUCAGAGAUGGUGGGGAAAGGGUUUGACCCAAAUUCAGCAAUUUAUGGUGCUUUUAUUGAAGGGUAUGUGAAAUUGGGAAAUGAGGAAAUGGCAGCUAUGUUGAGGAAGGAAAUGUCUGUAGCUCAAAAGCAGCAGCAAGAGGAUAAUGUUACCGAUUGAUUAGUUGCGAGCCUUCCCCUUGGUUUUUGUGUUCACCUUCAAAAGCUUGAGAAAUGUGGUGUUCGGAUCCUUGAAAGCUUUUAGCACUGUGAAUGCGCUGCCUCCCUUCCCCCAUCGAAUAAAAUGUCGUCUUGUAGGAAUUGAGUGUUUUUUCUGAUGAUGGGAGUAAGACAGUUAAAAUGGCAUCAAGAUGAGCAGAUUAUGGUGUGCUGCAACCUAGGAAAUCCAUUAGUUCUGCACCUAGUUAAAGCAAUUACUGGAUAAAGAAAGAACAACCGAGGGUUUGUCUAUCUACUUGGUGACUUCUUUCUGUUGAUGCAACGUCCCCUGUCCAUUUGUGAUGGAUAUGAACUACCAGAAAGUGGCACUUGAGAAUUGAUAGGAUGUAUUUUAUGCUGGCUGUAAAGAUUAUCAAUCCAUAUCCUUCAGCGGCCUGAAUCAUUUUGCUGGAGAUGUGAGUGAAAAAUCACAAAGACGGGAGUAACCAAAGAUUGAAAAGAGAUGAAGCCACAGACAGAAACCAAGACAAGAAAGCCAUGGCAGCCGAUAUUUGAUACCUGCUGCAAAACUUUGGAGGGCAAUAGGAUCCAUCAGAGUGGAGCAGGAGAUCCACGACACUAGCUGUUGAGCAUGCUGCAGCUAAUGUUAGAGUUGAUAAGACCUGCCGUGUAUCAUGAUGGAAUUUGUCACAAGGAGUUCCAAUAAAUGCAUCAAUUAGUUUUGGACAAAUCGCAGAUGGAACAUACCCAAUCUCCAAGGACAAUAAUCAGAAGUAUUCCCGGUUGUCGAACAGGACAUUUGACCAGAACAGAGUAUCCAUCAACUAUUGCCAGUGUGAAACUCCAUGGAAUAGUCAAACCCAUGAUUGUAACCAAGUAGCUGAAAAACAAGCAUGCUAAAAAAUUGAAAACAUUGAAGCAGUGUUUGCUAAAAGCAGAAAAAACCAUGUAGGGCCUCUGAUGAUUCAAUAUGCUGAUCAAAUGGAAUUGUUGCAAGUAAAA